CACAUCCAGGGGCCCCUGGGCACUCAGCUAGAUGCUGGUGGGCGUGACGUCAUGCCCGAAAGUUUGAUACAAUGCCCUCCAUGUUUAGGGGAAGUUGAGUUCAACUGACAACAGCAACAUGUGACGUACCGAAGACAUGUAGAUGAUCAAUGGAAUUUAUGCGUAAUUGACGCAACCGUCUGGGAAGCGACGGCUCGAUGAAACAGAGUUGGACCUGUAAAGUUUUUAGGUGAAUGGUUCGUGUAACACCUAACUAUAGAGCGCUCUGUUCUCCGAUAGACAAGCGGGCUGCUUCGGGUGAAACGUGUAUCGGAAUUAGUUUUCACGGUGUUGUUUUUGGACUGCAAAUAUUGUUUCUUUCUAUAAUGAGGAACCCGCUGGAUAGACGCUUUUAGGAUUGUUCUUCAGCCCUUCUCGGACCUCCGUCGCCGGGCGAGAGUCGGGCAUCGUCCUUUAGAGGAGUAUCAGAAUGGUAAAGCCCAAAGUGGGUCGGAUGUUUCUGGCGACAUGCGUCGGGUCGUUUUUCAUUCUCAUAUUAUACUUCCAGAACAUCUCAAGAUCAGCUUCUGAACAGAUUUCGGGCCAGAACACUUUCCCAGUUAAAUCAGGAAGAAGUCCUUUGCAGACACUACAAGAAAAUGACCAGCUGGAGCAGUCCGCAGUGCAGGCCACUCUGCAGGGUCGAAGGGAACUCCUGGAGGAAACCUGUCGCACCCACACCCGCAAAAGGCGCGUACUCGGCCCAGAGGACCUCCGCCACCUCAUAGUGGACGAUAAACACAAGUUACUAUAUUGCUAUGUCCCCAAAGUGGCAUGCACCAACUGGAAGCGUGUAAUGAUGGUGCUAACAGGCAACGGGCGCUACCGCGAACCGCUGGCUAUUCCUGCCAACGAGGCUCACGUAGCGGGCAACCUGCGUUCGCUCUCGGAGUACUCCACGGCCGAGAUCAACAAGCGUCUGCGCACAUAUCUGAAGUUCGUCUUUGUGCGCGAACCCUUCGAGAGACUCGUCUCGGCCUAUCGUAACAAGUUCACCCGUAGCUACAACACGGCCUUUCAUAAACGCUACGGGACCAAAAUCAUCCAGAGGCAUCGUGCGGACCCCCAGGCUGAAGCUCUGGAAAAAGGCAACGACGUCUCCUUCAAGGAGUUUGUGUAUUAUUUAGUAGACCCUCAGACUCAGAGAGAGGAACCGUUUAAUGAGCACUGGGAAAGGGUUCACUCGCUUUGCCACCCUUGCCUGAUCCAUUACGACGUGGUGGGCAAGUACGAGACUCUUGCGCAAGAUUCACGGUACAUCCUGAAGUUAGCAGGUGCCGAAGGAGAGGUGAAAUUCCCAGCCACCUCCAAGAGCACCAGGACCACGGGCGACAUGGCUGCCAAGUUCUUUGACAACAUCAGUCCAUUUUACCAGAAGAAACUCUUCAAUCUUUACCGAAUGGACUUCUUGCUUUUUAACUACUCUGUGCCGGGAUACUUGAAGUUGAGAUGAGAGUUUGAGCGUGUCUCAACUGAUCCCAAAUCUUGCGCACAUGUCUUGCGGACACAGACGUUUGAAUUUCGCUCGUGUCUGAAUUGGAGUGAACUGCCUGGGGGAACCUAUAGAGGAAGCGCCUUGAAAUGGCAUAGCCCUCGCUCCCUUGAAGCCAAAUUCAGCACUGUGAACGGAUUACUGCUGGCAGGGGUGUUGCAUCCCAUCCCAAAAGUUCACGAAAUACUGUCUGUAAUUCCUUUGGCUUUGGUAACUUUUGACCGAGCUCCAAAUAUGUGCCUUUGUCCUUCUGAAUGUUGAUAAGUGAAGCGGGAUUCUUCAUCAACGGACAAAUGCUAUGAAUGUUUCAACUUCUCUUUUAAUCUUCACCACCCAAAAUGAUAUUUAUAGUAUUGCUUACAUAGCAUAUUUAUUGCGGAUUUUAUUCUUGAACUGGAACCAGCAGAGCCUUGACGUUAAUCUCGAAGAGAUUUCUUGCGGAUGAUCUCAAAGCCUCCUUUCUAAAAUUCCCUGGAUAUGAUUUCAGACCAUAACCUUACUCCCGAUCACAAAGGUAGUUUCCAAGUCUGAAUGUAACAAACCAUCAACUUUUUCAAUCAGAUAGCUGGGCAUAUAUUGGAGAGUCAAGGGUAAGGGAUGAAUUUAGACUUCUCUUGCAGUUGCAAACUGGACAAGGCUGUCUACCUUGGCCGGUUUAGCUAAUCUGGAAUGAAACAGUGUUCUCACAGAGUCACCCCUUUAUUUAGCAUGCAACGGGCUGGGUAAACAGUGCAUAGCUGUGGUCGGGGAAAGGUAGACCCUCAUCAGUGCGCCUUUUGUUGAGCUAUGGAUGCAGGGUGAGGUGCAAACUACCCACUGGGCAUUGCAGGUCAAACAUCAGCAUGAUCCUGGGAGGAAACACUCAUCUUAUGAAUUCGUAAUAAGGGUUGAAGUGCAAUAAAGGUUUUUAGUGAGGUACCAGUAUGUGUUUGAGUCAGCAGAACAUUUUCUAUCCCUUCCAACUCCUAAAGUGAGAGAAAAUCAACCUCUUGUGUCUGUGCACUACAGUACAGUUUAAAGUCCUGCUAUAGGUUUCACGACUUUAUGAAAUGUUCUUGUGGUUCAUUAGCACUUGGUUGAAACUGCCUUUAAUAAUUUGGAUUUUUUUUUUUUUUUUGUCUGUGGAAAUGGCUAAUCUAUGGAAGCUUGUUUCCGCCACUAAAUAAAAAAUAAAAAAGGCAAUUCUGACUUUUCUCGCAAUUCUGACUUUAUAUCACGCAAUUCUGACUUUAUAUCAUGCAGUUCUGAUUAUAUCACGCAAUUCUGACUUUAUAUCUCUCAAUUGUAUUUACAUCUCGCAAUUCUGAGAAAAAAAAGUCAGAAUUGUGAGAUAAAAAGUCGCCUUUUUUAAUUAAAAUUUAAAAAUAUAUUUUUUUUAUUUCAUGGCGUGAACAAGCUUCCAUACUAAUGACUAAUUUUUAUGGUUGAAAUUAGGGAUGCACCGAUACCAUUUUUUGACCGAGUACGAGUACCGAUACUUUUUUUUUUUUUUUCUAGUUCUCGCCGAUACCGGUACCGAUGCCUAUAUAUUUAUUAAUUUCUCUCUCUCUCUCUCUCUUUUUUUUUUUUGAUGUUGCAGUUUUCCAAGCACAGAAAGACUAAUAAAUGUAGGGCAGCUUCUUUAUUAUUACUCUAAUUAAAAAAGUAGUCAUUUUUAUGUGCUUGUCACAAACUUAAAGAACAAAAAUUUCACAGUGUCCAAUAACCUUCAAAGGGCAUAAUUACCAAUAUAUAUAUAACUGUUGUUAUAUAAAAAGAAAUUUACAAACAAAUUAUAAACAAUACAACAAAUACUAUAGAGAUACAAAUUAAAUCAACUUGUUUUUCAGAUACAGUAGGUUUAUUUAACUACAUUUUCAUACAUUUUAUUUACAUACAUUUAACAUAUUUUGUUGUUUUAUUAACAUUAAUGACAAAUAUAGGCUACGGUCCCUUUAAGAUCGAAUCCAUGGACACUGACACAUAUCCUGUUUUCACCUAAAUGUUUACAUCCACUUAAGCCAUAACCGACUGUGUUUACGUGAGAUAAUCCACACAAUGGACAUUUUGACAACUAUGUGUGCAUUCAGGCGCAAGGAGAACUGAUCGCGCGCGCGAGAGAGCGCGCUUCUGGUCUGUGUCGUUCAGCGCGAUUCCUCCUAUCCCGCCUUCACUAAUCGAUAACGAAUUGUGAUUGAAAGCAUGCAGUUCGCAAUGUGUGUGUUGUCAUCAUUAAUUUUGAAGUAUUUCCACAACUCUGAGGUUGACAUUGUUUCUGCUGCUGCCGCCGGUGUCUCUGUGCACGGGAAAUUCUGUCUGUUACGUCACGUGAGGUAUCGGUCUUUGGUAUCGGGGGUAUUUUUACGAGUACAAGUACAUGAGCUUGGUAUCGGGCUCUGGUAUCGGUAUCGGUGCAUCUCUAGUUGAAAUGAUGAUGAAAUCUUUAGAGAAAGGGUGAGAAUGAGUCUGAGUAAUAUCUAGCCGACAGGCAGACAUGUCCUGGUGCACAGUGGGUACCUUGUGUGCCACAUUACCUAACAAAAUUGUUCUUGGAAAUGUUUUGUUGGAAAAUAUUUUUGAUCUAGCUAGUUAGUCACUAUUUCACUGUUGAACUGGAAUCUUCCAGAAUUUCCUUAAGGACAAAGACAUCUGCAGUUCUGCUCAUAAGUUUUCAUACCCCUUGUAUGUAAAUACAUUAAGAACCAGUGGGUGUAAACUUUUUGAAUUGGAUGAUUGGGGUAAAUUGUAUUUAUUUUGUCUUCAGGGAAACAUGUAUAUAUCUCAUGUAGCUUCUGAAAGGGCAGUGCUAAAAAAAAAAAAAAGAUCUUUAAACAAAUCUAAUGCAUUGUGUUGCCAUCUUUAGCAUCAGUGACUAUUUUCACCUUCACUUAAUAUUCUCUACGAGUCCCUCAGUUGUCCUCAGUAUAAGAUGGAUUUGGAUACAGUCACUGUUGAAAAGGGUUUAAAAAUGCAUAAGAUAAUAGAAAACCAAAGAAUGUGAGGAACCUGGAGGAUUUUUCUGAAGAACAGUGCUUAGUUUAACUGCAAACAAAGGAGUCAUGAACAGCUAUCAUAAAACAUGAAUCUUAAUAUUUUGUGUUGUUACCUGGAUGAUUAAUGAUUUAAGAGUAUUUCAACUUUUGAACUGGUUCAUUUGUGUAAAUUCUGUUAUUAUUUUGUCUUGUGGACUACAUGUCAAAAUCUGUUAUGUAAAACAGCUUAUUCAGGACAGUACUAAAUAAAUGAUAGCAUGAUCCCUCUUAAUAUUAUUAACAUUUGCAUCUUCUGCAAGGUAUAUGUAAACUUAUGAGCAGAGCUGUAUAUGUCUAGGAUUAUAACACAUUUCAACAGAUGAUAUAUCUCAUCAUUUGAAGAGGAACGUCACGUCUUGAGUGUAAAGUUACAGGAGUCCCAAUGCAUUUGUUCUGUCAAAAUGUAAUUAUUCUGAUGUAAAACCUUGAAUGUAUUGUAGGUUGAUUCAUAUGAGAAAAUGUGAGUGUAGGAAAGCCUUUCACUGUAUGAGCUGAGCUGUUGAGAGUGUGGCAACAGUAUGUGCCAUUUGUGAUGUAACUAACAGUUUGCACAUGUUUUGAAAGCUUGUGGGCAUACAUGUGCUGCAAAACUGUGAAUGUCAGUGUGCACUAGCCAGUAUGGAGUCUUGCUUUGAAGGGUAAAUAAAUUUGUUUUUAAUUGUAUUUUUGUUUUUCAGUGGACAACAGGGAAUAUGUCAACCAAUUGUGACCAUUUCAAUUAUAGUGUUAAGGUAAACUGCCUCUGGUACGACAGUGAAACUUUUUCUGGACAAAAUAAAUAUGUAAUUUUUUUUUUACUGUUUUAGGGACCACAACACUCAAACUGUAAAAGAAUCAUGUGAUUAAGGUUAAUUAUCAUUCAGAUGACGAUAUUACAAAGGUGUGCUGAAUAAAACUGCCACAUCAACAAUA